CCGACACCUUAGCCAAAACCGAGGACAAAACUCUUUUGCUCGCUAUAAUUCGGAAUCGAAUGCAACACCGGGUUUACAGGGGCAUAGUGGGUGAUGACGAACCGGAAACUGUGGAGGAGUUGAUAGCUCUGAUCAAAUCCACGUUCGCCCAAAGUUUUAAUUUAAAUGAUACUCAAAAUGAGUUGAAGACCGUUCGCCGUCAUGAAAGCGAAUCGAUCGAAGAAUAUGGGUUCCGGGUAAAUGAUAUUUUAGAUCGCGGGGUACAGGCGGCGAAAGAAGAUUUGAAUUCAGAGGAAUUUGGGGGCAUUAAAAAAUUGCUCAUGACGAGCGCGGUGACUGGAUUUUUAUGGGGAUUGGGAAACGACGUUGUCGCGAGUAUUCUUUCUAAUGAUGACGUUAAAGAUUUAAGAGCAGCAAUUAAAUUAGCAUCAAAAAUUGAGACUCACGUAAAUUCAUCGCGGACUUCUCAGAACAUAAACGUUUCUGAUGUAAAUUCUAAAGUUCUGAUCGCGGAAACGCGGACCACAAAUGUUUUACCUGUGGAAAGGCCGGGCAUAUUUCUGCGGAUUGUCGAGUGCGCCGGGAUCGUCGCUUCAUAAAUUCGAAUCGUGACCACCA